CAUAGUUGGGGAAGCGGCCGGAGUUGAGCAUGCGAGGCAGCGUUCACACGUACGAAGCUGUCCGGCUGCGGGGUUCAGUGGGAGAGAGCGAGGCACAUCGUGAGGAGAAAUGAGAUUGGGAGCGUAGAACCGGGAUCUGUUUAUCAGUAAGAGAAAAAAAACAAAAACCCGAGCCCUGUCAGUGCUUUUGGCAGCAGGUGCCCGUAUGAACGCCCGUUCACGUAUAUGUGGCUAAAAAAAAAAAAUUCUGAGGGGACUAUAUUCUUGCCAAAGCGGAGGGAUAUCAUGUGGGCGCUUUUUCUUUAAUUUGGCGGGAUGGGAAGUGGACUUUUUUUUUUUCUUUUGGCUUUUCACCAACGGCUGCCUGCGCUCACUCUGCCUCAUUCCUUCGUACGGCGGGAGGAACAUGAGUGAAUGGAACAGCCGCGGAGGGGAGGCGCACGUGCGUGGUUAAGGAAAAAGCAAAAGGAAUGAAUGAGGGAGACAGCAGCGGGAGGGGAGGGAGCUCCUGAGAAGAGCCGAUGAUGCAAGCAAAGAAGCUCGGCGGUCGGGUAAAAGGAACAGCGCCCCCAUCCAGCGGGAGAAGUGAAGGGUGGGAGGUGCGAUUGACAGCUACUGAAAGGAACAGCCACUGUGAACGUUCCAGUCCCAGCAGAGGGAGGCACUCUGGAAGAGCUUGGCCCUGGAAGCCAGAGUGGAGGUUGCAGUCGCCACCAGCUGCAACAGAAGCUAGCCAGCAAGUAGCAGCAAGCAAACCACCGCAGUCCUGGCUGGGAGGGACCUUGGAGCAAGCCGGCAGGCAGGAGCCAGAGGCGGAGGAGGAGGCUGGCUCGAUCCAGAUCCAGACCCAGGCAUCGUGGAAGCAAUGGAUCGGAAGAGGUGGGAGUGCUCAGCUCUCCCGCAGGGAUGGAAAAGGGAAGAAGUGACCAGGAAAUCGGGGCUCUCUGCUGGCAAGAGUGAUGUCUAUUAUUAUAGUCCAAGUGGGAAGAAAUUCCGCAGCAAACCUCAGCUGGCCCGUUACUUGGGUAACUCCAUGGACCUGAGCACGUUCGACUUCCGAACAGGGAAGAUGCUAAUGAGCAAGGUGAACAAAAACCGGCAAAGGAUGCGCUAUGACUGUUCAAGCCAAACCAAGGGUAAACCUGAUCUAAACACCACACUUCCUGUGAGGCAGACAGCUUCAAUUUUUAAGCAACCAGUCACUAAGAUCACAAAUCAUCCCAGCAAUAAAGUGAAGACUGACCCCCAAAAAGCAGUUGACCAACCCCGACAGCUCUUCUGGGAAAAGAAACUAAGUGGCUUAAAUGCCUUUGACAUUGCAGAGGAGCUGGUGAAAACAAUGGACCUUCCAAAGGGUUUGCAAGGUGUGGGACCUGGAUGUACUGAUGAGACACUCCUUUCAGCCAUUGCCAGUGCCUUGCAUACCAGCACAAUGCCCAUCACUGGACAGCUUUCUGCUGCUGUUGAGAAAAACCCCGGGGUCUGGCUGAACACUUCUCAGCCUCUCUGCAAAGCCUUCAUGGUGACUGAUGAAGACAUCAGGAAGCAAGAAGAGCUGGUUCAGCAAGUGAGGAAGAGGCUAGAGGAGGCCUUGAUGGCCGACAUGCUUGCUCACGUGGAAGAGAUAGCCAGGGAUGGUGAGACACCUGCAGUAAAGGGUAAUGAAGAAGAGGAGGAGGAGGAGGAGGAAGAUGGUGAUCGUGUACAGGAGAUGGAGAAUGUAUAGUCCAGGGUGUUUUUUUCAAGACCUAGCCUGCACUUGGUCAACACAGAGGCAAGUGCAUCUUCAGAAUGCUGUGCACUAACUGUAUCUGCGUGUGUGAACGUGUUUGGCUUCAGUUCACAAGAAGCUGAAGGGACCAGUCAGACUGAGUAGUUUGAAGAAGAAUUUGCUGAGCUCAGUUUUUUCUUUCCUCUGCCCCCUCAUUUUUCUCUUAAAAAGUAUCACAGGGCAAUAGAGGAAUCAAAAAAGUUAUUCAUGAAUUGUGAGCAUAAUCCCUUUGUCUCAUUUCCAGUCUAACAGUUGAAACAGGUUUCCCAAGUCUCUUUUCUAAUAGUGUCUGUACAUGCCCUAAACGAAUUGGCUUAGCCCAGAGAUGCCAGGAAGAAAUUCUUUUUAAGUUUUCUCUACAUAUUUGAAGUCCCAUAUAACAAAAUAGUUUUGGUGGCAUAGGUAAACUAUUCCACUUGUAAAAUCUUGCUGUGGGAUUUUCAUUUUCUUAUCUGAUUGUUUAAUUUGGGUUAAUUUUAUUUGCUUUAAAAAAAAAACCUCCCAUCAACAGAACGUGCCUUUCCAUGUGGACUGGGAAACUGAUCGCCCGAAGCUAUACAGAUCCACAUUGUGAUCAAAAUCCCCUUCUUCUGCAUGAAUAUAAUAUGACAUAGAACUAUAAUUCAUGCAGGGCUUUAUGAGCACAAACCAUUGUGGAAAGAAUAUUAAAUGAUGACAAUAAUUGCCCAAUCAGAGAAAGUGUAACCAAAAGGUGCUGUGUGAGUUUUUUGCAACUAUUUGAAAGAAAGGAUUACUUAGUGCUAUUGAUCUCCUUGUUUUAUAAUUGCUUGGGGGGGGGUGCCUUUGUCUCAUAUAAUUAAAUGCUUUUCAGAAGUAGUAAUAUUAGAUUGCUAACAUAGUUAAGGAGAAGCAAAUAAAACAGGCCAGUUGUGAAUGACACAGAAUUUGCCUUAAUUAAUUCCACCUCAGCUGGGAUUGGGUUACUAGAAACAUAAAUACCAUCUUUGCUCUUGCUUGCUUCCUAAUGCAUACUGUCUCUUAAAAAACUCUCAUCAACACGAUGCUAAAUUUUCAGUGCUGGAUUUUAAAUUUCAGGAUUAGAUGACAGUACUACAUCUCUUUAAAAAAAAAAAAAAGCACCAGGGCUGAUGGAAACCCUCUUCAUGAAUCCUGGUUAGAUUUUACGUAUUUUGGAAUUGUGGGGUAUAUCUUCCUUUUUUAAUUCCCAAAGUUAGAAAUGUGAUCUUGGGCCUAAUAUAGCUCUUUUCAUUUUGGACUUACAAAAGCAAUUCAGGAUUUUGGUCCAGUAGUUUCUAUUUAAUUGUUUUCAGAUUUUUGAGUAUUGGUUGAAAUCCAUCAUGUAUAUUUCUCUUCUGCUCUUGCAUGCACAUAAGAGUUAGUCCCUGCUUGGUUUCUUUUCUUUGCUUAUUUGGAGCAAACCUCUCGGCAUAUAGAAAUGUCAUAAAUUAUUGCUUUAAGCUUUUUAUGCUGCAAAAUCAUGUUGCGUGCUUAAGUCGUGCUAGAAUGAAGCUGCAACUAGUACGCAAUUGUAUAAAAGCCCUGUUGAAAAGGAAAUGCAGUCUGGCUAUCUUCACAGCAUCUUCAAGCCAGAUUGAUGCAUUUAUUUCCUUUUUGACCCAUGAUUUGAUAGUGUGGUGUUCAUUAACAAGAAUUUAGAAAAUUCUUCAAUCCUUUGUCUUUUAAAUACACACUCAUCACCACUGUCGCCACCUUACCACUGAUAUGUACCUUAAUUGUAACAGUAUCUUAAUGUACAGUCUUGUUGGGGAAUAUUAGUUUUGUAAUAAAAUGUUUUUCAUACA